AUGGAUCGAGGAAAACUGACAGAAAGAAAAAGAAACAAUAAUAAACAAAUACAUCAAAUGAAGAAAUUAGCAUUGACACUCGCAAUCGUUCUUGGCAUGGCCAUGACGACUUUCGCCCAGGGUGGCGGAAUCUUUGGAAUGGGCGAAACCCGCGGCGAGAGCUACAGCACCCGCGCUGAUGGCGACGGUCCCAUGAUCGCUCUUCCCGGUGAGCACGGCUUGGAUGGCGACCAGGGAGCCACCCCAGUGGGCAGCGGUCUCGCAGUCCUCAUCGGCUUCGGCGCAGCCUACGCUCUGAAGAAGAGAAACGAGAAGUAA